AUGACAACACGAGCUCCCAAGAGGCGAAAGCUGACGCCUCACCCAGAGGAUGAGGUCUCCUCGGGGCCGUCUUCCAAAAAGAUUCAAAAGGCGUUCAUCAAGAACGCUGCAGGCUGGAACCUCGAACAAGACUACGAAAACCGACCUCGAAAGGGGAAGAAGGCUAAGAAGGAGAGCACGAAACUGCCAAUUAAAACGGCCGACGGACGCCUGGAGCAGUCGAAUCUCCUGGAAGAGGAUGACGAUGCCGAAUCCAUCGACAGCGACAUUGAGGUCGACGAAGAUGUCGUUGCAUCGUCCCCCGAACCCGAGGCGCCCAAGCCCGACGAACCUGUGAUACCCGAUCGCGAGCAGAUCUUCGCUGCCCAGGAGAAGCUCGCUAAGUUUGCCGCCGACAUGAGCGAGGACCCGGAGGAGCACUUUGGCGCAUUCAAAAAGGCCAUGGCUGAGUUCGCCACAUCCAAGAUCAUGUCCAUCCAGAAGCUCGCCCUCGUCACCCAGAUGGCUGUGUACAAGGACAUCAUUCCCGGCUACAGGAUUCGUCCUCUUGCCGAGAAGCAGCAGAGCGAGAAAACGUCCAAGGACGUGGAGAAGCUCCGUGUCUACGAGCAGUCUCUCAUCAAGGGCUACCAUGCCUACAUUCUGCAAUUGACCAAGAAUGCGAAGGCUGAUUUGCCCUCGUCCCGACGAAAGGGCCAGAGCAUCUCCAGCAUCAGCAUCAUGUGCGCUUGCACCCUUCUCAAUGCUGUCCCACACUUCAACUUCCGUACCGAACUCCUCAAGAUCAUCGUAGGAAAGCUUAGCAAGCGUAUCGUCGACGCAGACUUCAACCGGUGCCGUCGCGCCCUCGAGGUACUCUUCCGCGAUGACGACGAGGGCCACCCCUCCCAGGAAGCCGUCUCUCUACUCUCCAAGAUGAUGCGCGCUCGCGACUACAAGGUGGACGAGGCCGUCGUUAACCUUUUCCUCCACCUGCGUCUGCUAUCCGAGUUCGGCGGUAAAGCUUCACACGAGAGGGUGGAUUAUGAGGACCCCGAGUCACUGAAGGCCAAGCAACAAAAGAAGAUGGAGCGCAAAAAGUUUAUCAACAAGCGUGAACGCAAGGCCAUGAAAGAGCAGAAGGCCAUCGAGAAGGAUAUGGAGCAGGCUGACGCCCUCGUCAGCCACGAGGAGCGCGAUAAGAUGCAGUCUGAAACGCUCAAGCUCGUUUUUGCGACCUAUUUCCGCAUCUUGAAGAUCCGGGUCCCCCAUCUGAUGGGCGCUACCCUCGAAGGCCUCGCCAAGUACGCACACCUCAUCAACCAGGACUUCUUUGGAGAUCUCCUCGAGGCUCUCAAGGACCUGAUUCGACACGCCGAGGAAGAUGCCGAAGGCGAAGGCGACGAGGAGAACCCCGAGGAUGAGGAGGGCGAUGAGGGCGACGAGUCUGAAUCCGUCCGUAACACCUCCCGCGAGGCCUUGCUCUGCAUCGUUACAGCCUUUGCGCUCCUUGCCGGCCAAGACGCUCACAAUGCCCGCUCAACCCUCCACCUGGACCUCUCGCACUUCACGACCCAUCUCUUCAAAUCCCUCUACCCCCUAUGCCUGAACCCCGACAUUGAGCUCACCUCCCACUCCCUCCACGCCACCGACCCCAAUGCCAACUCCAGCACAGCCUCGUCAACACCAUCUGGCUCCAAGGACGACGGCCCCAAGAUCAAUCUCCAGACCACGACCGUCCUCCUCCUCCGCUCCCUCACCGCCGUCCUCCUCCCCCACUGGAACAUUCGCUCCGUGCCGCCCCUGCGUCUGGCCGCCUUCACUAAGCAGCUCAUGGCCGCCGCCCUGCAAAUGCCCGAAAAGUCCAUCCAGGCUGUUCUUGGCCUGCUGCAGGACGUGACACAUACGCACGGCAAGAAGAUCUCAGCCCUGUGGCGCACAGAGGAGCGCAAGGGCGACGGCACGUUCAAUGGACUUAGCGACAGCAUUGAGGGUAGCAACCCCUUCGCGUCAACCGUCUGGGAGGGUGAGCUGUUGCGGCUGCACUACUCGCCCAAGGUGAGGGAGAGCAUCAAGUUGUUGGAAAAGAGUGUCUCGAGCAUAUAG